CGGAGACCCACUCCCACUGACUGAGCCUGCACUGCCCUCUCUUCUUCCUCUCCGCGUUGGUCGUGCUUGCCCCUUCUCAACCAGCGGCUCCGCUCCAUCCACGCCCCUGCUGCUGCUGCUGCUGCACCAACGUCGGCUGCUCUUCUUCCAUCUCCCCGUUGAAAGCCUGUUGCUGCUUCAUGGCUUCACCUGCCUGCUAAAUAAAGGUGGAUCUAAAGCAGGCCUCCAAGAGAAGCACCCACGGCGCUACUCUGCUCUGCUUUCAGCUCAGGCACAGCACAAACAUAACUAGAGAGCCAAGAUAGAUCCUUGUCCAGCCAUCUCAGCCACAGAUGGUUGGAAUAAUGGUGAGCGCUUCUACCGGGGUGAUGAAUUCUCUCCUUGGUAAGCUGGCCACCCUGAUGGGGGACGAGUUCGCCAAGCUAAAGAACCUGAGGAAGGAGGUUAAGUACAUCAGCGAUGAGCUGAGCAGCAUGAAGGAUGCUCUAGAGAGCCUUGCAGAUUUGGAUGAGCUGGAUAUACAGACUGCAAGGUGGAGGGACGUGGUCAGGGAGAUGUCUUAUGACAUUGAGGAUAUUAUCGAUGACUUCAUGUCCAAAAUUGGUGAGAAGAGGAAAAAAUCUGGGUUUGUCCAUGACACCAUUCAACGCCUUAGAACUUCAAGGGCCCGCCAUCAGAUUGCUGGCCAGAUUGAGGACAUCAAGAAACUUGUGCGUGAAACAAGUGAACGGCGUGACAGAUACAAGGUCGAUGUCCCCACAUCACAUAAUGUGGCUGUUGACCAACGGGUUGUCGCACUCUAUGAGAAUGCAGCUAAACUUGUUGGCAUGGAGGGCCCAACCAAUGAGGUUGUCAGUUGGCUAAAAGAUGAGGAUAAGCAGUUGAAGGUUGUAUCAAUUGUAGGUUUUGGAAGUUUGGGUAAAACAACACUCGCCAAUGAGGUAUACCAUAAGCUGAAGGCGGAAUUUCAUUGUAGUGCAUUUGUGCCGGUGUCUCAAAAGCCCAACAUUCCAAAACUUCUGAAUAGUUUAUUAACCCAACUUGGGUGUGGACAACCUUUUCAUGAUUGUGAAUUAAAUGUUCUUCUCGACCAACUCAGAGAAAACCUGAAAAACAAGAGGUACUUGGUUAUCAUCGAUGAUCUAUGGGAUGUAUCAGCAUGGAAUAUUAUUAAAUGUGUUUUCCCAGAAAAUAAUCUUGGUAGUAGA